GGGAGAACAAUUGCAAACGAAAGAGCAAAUACAACGUCAGCAGAAGAGAACGAAGCUAUUAUAAUAUAAUACAGUAUAUACCAUCUGUUGACUCGCAGAAAAGAAAAGACAAAAAGAAGAAGAAACCAAUUGAAAAAGACACACGAUUAAUUUUCGUAGGAAUCGGAGGCAGCCCAUUUGAUUUGACUCAACCAAAAGCCUCUUGGAGGAAUAUGCACGAAUGAAUGACGAAAGGGGUCCUCGUGUGGAAAUUUGGAUUGAGUUCGAGUCCUUCCACCUCCAGAAUGAAUGAAUGAUUUCCUUGCUAUUUUGGAGAAAAAUUAGGCCUCAACUCUGGAACCCGUUUCAGAGUUUGCGUUUCUUCGGGGGAAUCCCUUGAUUUUAAGCUGAUUUUUUUUUUUUUUUUUCUUUUGGAGGGGAGGAAUUGUUAUUUCUUUCGUUUUGAACGAGGAGAUUGAUCGAGGUUCAGAAUAUAUCGAUUGUUGUUGCUUUUAACUAAGUUGGAUUCUUUGAUUCUGUAAUUCAGAGCUGCCCUGUUUUGAUAUUUGAGGAAACAGGUCUGUUUCGUUGCCCCUUUUUGAUCUCUUCUUACGUUUCUGAAUGCUUGGAGCUGAAGAGGUUGAUUUAGGAACAAGCUUGUUUGGGCCAUUGUGUGUGUGUUGUUUUAUGCUAUUUAAGAACUGAAUACUAUUUGAUUUUGCAUUAUUAUAAUGAAAUAUUUAAGCAAAUAUUUCACUGAUCCAUUCCUACUUUGAUACAAUCGACGAAGAAGUACGGCUUCAGAAAGACUGUUUCUUUGUUUGACAUGGCCUUCCUUCACUCCAGUUUCAACCCUACUCACAAAUUGAGUAAUGAGUAAAACUAGUCUAUUUAUGGGAGAAGGGAGGACCUUUUAACUUUUUGUCAAAUCCUUCUCCAAAUAUCUUGGGUGGAGUUGAGCUCCUUGAUUUUAGUCUACUGUUUGCUAGUAAACGAAGGAGUGUAAUCUGAUAAAGAUAAAUGCAUCAUAAAGCAAGCCUGUAAUUUUAUGCUUUUGUAACAACAAUCUCAUUCAGCUCCAAGCAUUGGGUUGGCUUGUACUUAGAGCAAUCUACAUGAAACCCGCCUAUUGCUAUUCUUUUAAUGCCUUGUUAUUUGUAUUGACUGCCUAUCCUAAUUCCUUCUGUAGAUGGGAGAUUCAAGCAUUGUAUACACACUGGAUGAGGCACUUUCAACUCUUGGUUUCGGAAAUUUCCAGGCCCUCAUACUUCUCUAUGGAGCACUGGGAUGGGUUGCGGAAGCAAUGGAGUUGAUGAUUCUUUCCUUCAUUGGACCUGGCCUUCAGUCUGAGUGGGACCUGUCUUCUAGUGAAGAAAGCUUGAUUUCAACUGUUGUUUUUGCUGGCAUGUUGAUUGGAGCAUAUUUGUGGGGUCAUGUAUCAGAUAACUGUGGAAGAAAGAAGGGAUUUCUCGGUGCUGCUAUGUUUAAUGCUGCUGCUGGAUUCUUCAGUGCUUUCUCUCCAAAUUAUGCAUGCUUGGUCACUCUUCGGUUCAUCGCUGGUAUUGGUUUAGGCGGUGGUUACUUAUUUACUACUUGGUUCUUAGAAUUUGUUCCUACUUCAAACAGAGGUUCUUGGAUGAUAAUUUUUUCAAGUUUCUGGACCAUUGGAUCGAUAUCUGAAGCUUUACUUGCAUGGAUAGUCAUGCCAAGGUGGGGAUGGAGGUGGCUACUUGUGCUGUCUGCUGUGCCAUAUUUUAUUGUGCUUCUGUUUUAUAAACUUGCACCUGAAUCUCCUCGGUAUCUUUCUUUAAAAGGUCGAUUAAAAGAAGCUCAGAAUGUUCUGGAGCAAGCAGCAGAGCUUAACCAAAUUAAACUUCCUCGUGGUUCUCUUGUGUCUGAUCAAAUGCUGAAUACAGAGGAAGAUUUGCCUCCAGCGGAAGAGACCCAUUUGCUUUCCUCCACAAAGAAGGAAACAUAUGAAUGUAAAAGAAUAUCCACUUCACCAUCAUUGCUCUCACUCUUUUCUCGCAAAUUCUUUAGGACAACUCUGCUGUUGUGGUUUUUAUUCUUUGGAACUACAUUUUCAUAUUACGGCGUUAUAUUGCUAACCUCCGAGUUGAGCUCCAGAAAAAAAACCUGUGGGCGUGUUUCGUUUUAUUUGGAGACAAGUCAGGCAUCGAACCUUUAUGUAGACGUAUUUGUUACGAGUUUGGCAGAACUCCCUGGACUGGUUUUAUCAGCAUUUAUUGUGGAUAGAGUUGGUCGCAAGGUCUCCAUGGUGAUCAUGUUCAUGUUAGGAUUUCUGCUACUAUUUCCACUUGUCGGUGAACUAGAAAGAAUGCUGACUACAAUUUUAUUGUUUGGAGCACGCAUGUUUGUUUCAGCUGCUUUUACAGUGGCCACUAUUUAUGCACCUGAGGUUUAUCCAACCGAUAUCAGGACCAGUGCUGUCGGCCUUACGACUUCCAUUGGAAGAAUUGGUGGCAUGAUUUGCCCUCUUGUUGCUGUUGGGUUAGUAAGUGAGUGCCAUCAAACUGCUGCGGUCAUUCUGUUUCUGGGAAUGAUAGCUCUUUCAGGACUCUCCGUUGCUUUUCUACCAUUUGAAACAAAGGGAAAGGACUUGUCUGAUUCUGUGAAUGAGCCUGAAACCAAAUAG